AGCAGUUGACACUGACGUGACAAAAAUAUCGCAUUGGGACGCUUUUUCAUCAUCACUCGUGUUGUUUUCCAACGUUUUAUUUAACAUCUUUAUUCUGCUUUAGAUAAUCUACAAGAAGCAGAAUGCCAAAAGUUCGCCGCAGCCGUAAGUCACCUCCAGAGGGCUGGGAGCUUAUCGAGCCAACGCUAGAAGAGUUGGAACAGAAGAUGCGCGAAGCCGAAACUGAGCCUCACGAAGGGAAGCGUAAGCAAGAAUCACUCUGGCCCAUAUUCAAGAUACAUCACCAGAAAUCUCGCUACAUCUACGACUUGUUCUACCGACGAAAGGCCAUCAGUCGCGAGCUGUAUCAGUACUGCCUUGACGAGAAAAUUGCUGACGCUAACCUGAUUGCCAAGUGGAAGAAGACAGGUUAUGAGAAUCUGUGCUGUUUGAGAUGUAUACAGACUCGUGACACGAAUUUUGCGACAAAUUGUAUUUGCAGAGUACCUAAGAGUAAGUUGGAAGAAGGGCGUAUUGUGGAGUGUGUGCACUGUGGCUGCAGAGGCUGCUCCGGGUAGUACUGUAUAAAUAUUUUGUAAGAUUCUCAGGCUCUACAAACUUUGAAAAAUAUGCAUUGUCCUCUUACUGAUAUAUUUUAUUAUGCAUCACAAGUAACCAUUAUUUUGUAGAUAAUCUGCUUGUAGAUGCAAGGAUACUUCUGAAUGAUUAAGGUUUUCAGUGUUUAACCCAUUCAGUGCCAAAAACCCAACUAUCAGGUAUUUUAUGAUUUCGUUCUCAGGCCAGAUGACCCAAUAGUCGGGAUCAUCAUACUACUGCUUUAUAUGACGAAAUUGUUGUGGUCUGGCACGGAUGUCUUGUUUGGCUGGGUGGCAAUGAAUGUGUUAAAGUUCACAUUUAGAUGCCAUUUUCAAGGUUUGAGGUCACCCAAUUUUAAGUUAAUGUUUUAGGUAAUAAAAUUUACAUCUUGUUCAUGUAAUUAAAAAUGUACUUAUAAAAAAUCUGUAACAGUUGCACAUGCAAUAUUGACUUAUCCAGACACAUUGUAACUGAUAGUAGCAAUGUUAAUAAAUAACAUGCAGUUUAAUCCAGCUUCAA